AUGGCUCCUCUCUUGUUGCCUUGUCGCCUUGUCGCCUUACAGCCUGAGAUGAUGGAUCCGCUAGACCCCGAACAGCAAGAGACCUCUUAUCAGCCGCCAGAGCUGGAUUCUCGGGAUCGGAGCCGUCCCUGGGGUUCUGGGGUAACUCUCGUCGUGUCCAGAGCUGGCCAUCUGGUCUUCCUAUUGAUAACCCUCAGGGGAUCGUGGCCCAACAACUCUCCUCCAGCCAGCAUGGCGGACCCCUCUGAUCUGAACCUGGACGCGCCCAGCGACCUCCAGGACAUUCCUGACCUGGCCAUGCAAUUGCUUCCCCCACCCGAGGCAACAUACCCUGAUAAGGCGUCCCUGCUCACUGCCGUCCAGAGUCAUGGCAAAGCCCAUGGCUACAACGUGGUAGUCAAAUCAUCGAGUACUCCGACGGAGAAGAAGCCAGGCCGAACUGCAAAGGUGUGGCUGCGCUGCGAUCGUGGUGGUCACUAUCGGCCUCGCAAUGGACUCACUGAGGAGACUCGGAAGCGCCGCCGAACUUCGCGACUGAUGGACUGCCCAUUCAUGCUCGUCGCAGCUGGAUCUCCCGGAAUCUGGAGCUUGACUGUCUUGAAUCCGACCCACAAUCAUGGACCUAUUGUGGACAAACCCCGACAGCCGCCUCACCACAAGGUGCGCAAAGGUCAAGUGGCUGCCACUCCUUACGAUUGGCCUCAUGAUUGCACCUUUACUCCCUACACAACAGCUCUGGUCAUCAUUGACAUGCAAAAGGAUUUCUGCGCUCCAGGUGGAUACAUGCAUUAUCAGGGUUAUGAUAUCUCUCCAGCCCAAGCUCUGAUUCCCAAGCUGCAGCACCUGCUGCAAGCUUUUCGCUCUGCCGGAUUUCCAGUGUAUCACACUCGUGAGGGCCACCGACCAGACUUAUCUACUCUCUCCAGUCGUGAGGCUUAUCGUUCGCGCAACAACGCUACUGGCCUCGGGAUUGGCUCUCCCGGCCCUAUGGGCCGUCUGCUGAUCCGCGGCGAGAUGGGUCACGAUAUUGUUGAUGAACUGUACCCAAUUCAGGGUGAGCCCAUCAUCGACAAGCCUGGCCGCGGCGCUUUCACAUACACCGACUUUGAGCUCCUUCUUCGCAUCAAGAAUAUCAAGAACAUCGUCAUUGCUGGCGUCACAACUGAUGUCUGCGUCUCAACAACCAUGCGUGAGGCUAACGACCGUGGAUUCGACUGUGUGGUCCUGGAUGAUGGCACUGCGGCCGCUGAGCCGGGUCUUCACACUGCAACCAUGGAGUCCGUCAAGAUGGAAGGUGGCAUUUUCGGCGCCGUCGCCAAGCUUGAGGAUGUGAUUCAGGGCGUUGAGAAUUUCAAGGCUGCUACCAUGAAGAAGCAAACCCCUCAGAUGGCAGGUUAA